AUGGACCUGAAUCCAGACAGGAGCCCAAACUUCAGUGAAAGACCCGACACGACCCCCAAUCCAGACAUGGGCCUCUCCCCAGACCUGGGCAUAUCCUUGAGUCCCAACACGAGUGAGACCCUGGCUCCAAAUGUGGACAACAUGCCCAGGCUGGUCUCUAGCAUUGUCCUGGCUCCAACUUCUGUGGGGAGUGACCCCGAGAAUCCGAACUCAGAGAGUGGCUCUCAGCAUAACUCAGACCUGGCCAUUGCUCUGACCUCCACCAAGCUCCAGAUUGCCACCUCCAGCAAGACCAUUGGCAUGGAGUCAAAUGGCACCUCCAGUUCUGGCUUCAAUAUUAUCCCUGCUCCAGGCCCUGGCGUGGUUCUUGUGUCAGGCCUAACUGACUCAAGUGAUCCUGAGUCCGACCAGACUUCCAGCCUCGGUUCCACUAUCACAGGUGCCUCGGCCCCCAGCCAGAGCCUUCUUCCAGGCCAAGAAGCUGACAGGACCAGCCCCAGCUCCAACAUGCCCCUUGUACCAACUCUUUCUUCUACCCUCCUUGAGAAUAAAAGUCCUAGCACCCACAGAGCCUUGGACUUGAACUCAAAUAGUACCCCCAAGACCAGGCCAGCCAAGGUGAGCCCAAGCCCAAGCCUGACUUCUGGAAAGGCCUUGAGUCUGAAUUUUGACCCUGGCUCCCUGAUUGAUUCUACCAGCACUCAACCAAUGACCUCUGACUUGACCCUGAGUCCAAACUUCCAAAGGAAGUUGGAGCCGAGCUGCAACUUAACCCUGUGGACCUUCUCCAAUGUGAUCCCCAGUCCUGACUCUGGGAGGUCCCUGGUUCUGGGGAUAGGCAACAUCUCCAAGUCUAGCUCCACCACGGCCCUGUCCCCACACUCAAGUCCAGGCUCCAAGAAGACCAUGAUCAUGGGAAUGGGCAACUCCAAUGCGGCCUUUAAUUCUACUUUGGCCAACAAAACCCUUUCAGACUCCAACAUUGCCAGGCCCAACUCACUCAUGACCCUUGCACCCAUUGCCUGCAUGUCCCUGGUGGUCGAUGACAGACAGGACAAGAAGGCUGAUGCAGGCUGCAUCCUGACAGAUGCUUCCUGUGUGACCCUGACAAGCAACCAGGAUGAUUCAGAGGACUUCCAAAUGCCCAUAGGGCAUAACAGCAGGACAACAGAACUCAAGAGGAAAAUGGAAAAUAGAACCUCCAUGACACUCCAAGCCCUAGAGAAGUUUACCUCUGAAGACAUCUACACCUAUCAGUCCAUGUUUGACGAGAAUAAGAUUACCACGGAGAGAAGCCAAGAGCAGCUGGAGAAGGAUGAAGAAAAGAGACAGCUGAUAAAGAAGAUAAUGAAGCAGAUCCAGGAGGAGCCCAUGGACAUGCUCUCCAGUUCCAAUCGGCAGCAGGCCAUGAUAACCCUGGCCCAACUGAGUCCCAUCCAACCGUGCCUGGGAGCAAAGGAGAGAAUGGAGUUGGUGACCCUCUGUGUGAAGAGCGUGUUCUCCUUGCCCUCGGUGCAGACCAUGCAGGAACAGGACAGAACCAAUGCUGAUUUUGUACAGAUACUGUAUUCUCAGACACUGGAUGCACUUCAGACAUUGCUGAACUCUCUCUUCUUAGAGGACCCUACGCCAGAUGGCCUAACUAGCCUUUUGAAGGUGAGCAGAGGGGUUCAAGGAGGUUCUGUACUUAACACAGGACAAGUUAGAGGCAAUAGAAAGACCAGAGAGAAGUGCUUGUGGAAAUGGCCCCUGGGACCCUGGAUGACAUCUGCCAAGGCCCACGAGAGAGCCCGAGCAGUGAACAGCAAUGUCUUCCUGCUAAACUGCACACUCCAGACCCAGCUUUUCUUUACCAACUUUGUAAAGCAGUUCUUGAACUUCCCUAUGGAGCCUAGACAGUUGACCUUCGAGAACAACCGAGGGCACUAUUUUACAAUGUUUGGCUUCCCCAUGUUUGGUCUCCUGCUUGGACGCCUCAUUCUUCGCAUAUGUGACCCAGAUGAAGAGAUCGGCCAUGAAGCCCUGGAUGGUGUCAUCAUCCUUUACACCAUCCUGGAGUUCCAGAAGAGGAACAUAGAUAAGGAAGAGACCAACAAGCUUGAGCUGCACGAGAGCAACAAGCGGUUUCUAGGCCCCUACAACCCCAUCAGUCCUUGCCAAAACAUCUUGAGAGUGAUCGCGGAAUUUGGAGACUUUCUUGGACCCCAACAAGUGAAAGAUCUACUCCUGGCUGCCUUGGAAGGCCUGAGGGAUGACCAGGAGAUCCCUUCAAAGGAUACAGCAGAGAUGAUGCAAUUGGCUUCUGAGGUCACCCUGAGCUCGGUUCUGGAGUGGUAUAGACACAGGGUAUUGGAGGUGAUACCAGACAUCAUGAAUGGCAUCUACAUGCAUCUAAGUGCCAUCCAUGAACCACGAGCCCGGGAAGUUGCCCUCUUGCCCAUCUCCCUCCUGGCCAGUUCCUUCAUGACUGAGGUGGUCAUCGCCCUGCUCAUGUGUCCCCUCCCCUUGAACAGCAAUGGGGCAGAGAUGUGGAGGCAGCUAAUUCUUCGGAAACCCAGCUGUGACAUUCGGGACCUUCUAGAGCUGCUCCUGACCAGUCUGAAGGAGAAGCCCAUCACCAAGAAUGGCAGGGUCUCCAUUGUACCCCUGGCGGCAGCCAGUGGCCUGUGCGAGCUUCUCUCUGUCAACAGUUGUGUGGGCCGAGUGAGGCGCAUCUACCCCCAGUUGCUUCUUGCUCUGUUGGUCCAGGUCCAUUACCACAUUGGCCUGAACUUGCCUGGCAACAACUGUAGCUUCAGGGAUGGCCCAAGCUCCAUCUUUGUUCCUGUCCGGUGGGUGGUGAAAGUGGUCAAGACUCUUUUGUUCAAGAUGGGUUGUUCUUAUGAAGCUGCCCUGCUGGAGAGCCAAGGCGGCUGGGAGCUCAUGGGCCAGGCUGAACAUCACCACCGGGGCGUAUCUCUGCUAGCCAGGGCCAUGGUGCAUUAUUCCUGCCAAGAACUCUGUCGGGUGCUCUAUCUACUGAUUCCACUCCUGGAAAGAGGGGAUGAGAAACACAGGAUCACCGCCACUGCCUUCUUCGUGGAGCUCCUGCGCAUGGAGCAGAUAAAGAGGAUUCCAGAGGAGUACUCCCUGGGCCGAAUGUCCAAGGGCUUGACCAAUGAAGACCCCAUCAUGAAGGUGCUCUGUAUCAGAGGCUUGGUCAUUAUGGCCCACAGGUCAGAAAAGGUGAGAAAACUGAAGACUAAAGAGAUUAAGUUCUCACCAUCAACAUCAACACCCUCAAGAAAAAACACAGACCUACCAUGUAGUAACAAAAUCCAGGCUCUUCUGCCCUCCAUGAUGAAAGGCCUGCAGUGGGUGGAUGGCUUGCUGGCAGUGGAGGCGGUCAGCAACGUCAAGACCAUCCUGAAGUCUCAGGAUAAGAAGUCAAACGAUGUCACCAUUUACCUGGAAAUCCUGCAGGUUCUCCAGCCUCACUUCGACGAUAAUAGGGAGGAAGUGCGUUUGGCAGCCAUCAGCCUCUUUGGUAAGGUGGUUCGGCUACUGCGGAGCCCCUGCACACCCCUCACAGAGCAGCAGCUGGUGAACUGCCUGGUACCUCUGAUCCUGCAGCUUCAGGAGGGGAACCCGGUUGUGGGCAAGAAAUGUAAGAAGACCUUGUCCUAUUGCUGUUACCACAUGGCUUGGGUCCUACCAAAAAUGAUGUAUAGCAAAAAGCCAUGGGACAUCAGCCAGCAGACCGUGACCAAGAUCUGCAAGUACUUGGUGACCACCCACCAUGACAGUGCCCUAGUGUUCCUGACCCAGAGCCUGGAAUAUACCAAAAGCCCUCGGCCUGCCCUCCGGAGGAGUGCAGUCACCUUCAUAGGGUCCCUGGUACCCUGCAUGGAAGGCAUGCUGACCGAGGAACUCCUAAGUGAAGUGAAGAUGGCCCUGGAGGCCCUGAGGCAUGACCCAGAAGCAUCGGUUUGCAUCUUUGCGGCCCAAGCCCAGGAUCACAUUUUAGCCAGCUGCUGGCGGAACUCGUGGCCCCUUCCCCGGGGCGACGCUUGGGUCUGUGACCCGGCCACCAACCACCGAUGGAACUCCAGCAAAGAGAACCUCCCCGUCAGCCAUCACCGAAAGUCCUCGGUCUUCGACUCGCUGAAGUCCUGGAAGGAGACUUUAAAGUAG